AUGAUGGACGGUCGCCUCCUGGAGCACCCGCAUGCCCAGUUCGGGGGCUCGCUGGGCGGCGUGGUGGGCUUCCCCUACCCGCUGGGCCACCACCACGUGUACGAGCUGGCCGGUCACCAGCUGCAGUCGGCCGCCGCCGCCGCCGCCGCGGCCUCGGUACCCUUCUCCAUCGACGGCCUGCUCAGCGGCUCGUGCGCUGCAGCAGCCGCCUCGGUGGUCAACCCCACGCCAUUGCUGCCGGCCGCCUGCGGGGUUGCGGGCGAAAGCCAGCCCUUCAAGCUUGCAGACUCGGGGGAUCCAGACAAGGAGAGCCCCGGCUGCAAACGGAGACGCACCCGCACCAACUUCACUGGCUGGCAGCUGGAGGAGCUGGAGAAGGCGUUCAACGAGAGCCACUACCCGGACGUGUUCAUGCGCGAGGCGCUGGCGCUGCGCCUGGACCUGGUCGAGUCCCGAGUUCAGGUCUGGUUCCAAAAUCGGCGGGCCAAGUGGAGAAAGAAGGAGAACACCAAGAAGGGUCCGGGCCGGCCAGCCCACAACUCGCACCCGACCACGUGCAGCGGGGAGCCCAUGGACCCGGAGGAGAUCGCUCGCAAGGAACUGGAGAAGAUGGAGAAGAAGAAACGCAAGCACGAGAAGAAACUGCUCAAGAGUCAGAGCCGCCACCUGCACUCGCCUGGUGGCCUGUCCCUUCACAGCGCGCCCAGCUCCGACAGCGACAGCGGUGGCGGGGGCCUGUCUCCAGAGCCACCCGAGCCGCCGCCGCCGACCGCCGCGGCCAAGGGCCCUGGAGCGCACGGCUCUGGCAUCGCGGGUUCCGCUCCGGUACCUCCUGGCGAGCCACCCGCGCCUGGCACCUGCGACCCUGCCUUCUACCCGAGCCAAAGAAGCAGUGCCGGCUCGCAGCCGCGGCUAGGCCGCCCGGCGGACAAGGACACGGUCCCUUGCGGGCCCGGAGCGGCGGCGACUGCGGGCCUGCCUAAGGCUAGCCCGUUCAGCGUGGAGAGCCUGCUGUCCGACUCGCCACCGCGCCGCAAAGCCACCCCAGCCAACGCUGCGGCCACCGCGGGGCUGGACUUCACGCCGGGGCUGCCGUGUGCACCUCGGACCCUGAUUGGCAAGGGCCACUUCUUGCUCUACCCCAUCACACAGCCCCUCGGCUUCCUGGUGCCACAGGCAGCGCUCAAGGGCGGAGCGGGCCCUGAGUUGGUGCCCAAGGACGCGCCGCCCGCGCCGCCCGCGCCCCCCGCACCACCCGCGCAGGCCAGCUUCGGGGCCUUCCCCGGACCUGGUGGCGCUGCGGACCCGGCCUUUGCCCGUCGCAGCCCUGAGGUUGUUGCCUCCCCCGGGCCACCGGCUCCGGCUUCUUUCCGGGACCUAGCAGCAGCGGCAACCGAGAGUGGCGCCGGGGACUGCGCGGACGCGGGGACCGUCUGCCCCGCGGCCCCGCCGCCCCCGCCCCUCGAAACGUCGCCCGGCCCGGACCUCAGAGCCCCCAGCCCACCCGGGGAGCCAGCCACUUGCGGCGCCGCUGAGCCGGGCGCUGCUACAGGACCCAGCCCGCCCGAGGGCGAGGAGGUGGACAUGGACUGA